CCCUCAUACCUCCCUCCCUGACUGUCACAGUCUCAAGCCAGACCAGACAACUAACUCCUCAAAGGAUAUAGGAUGCAGUAAUGGAGGCCCCUGGAAGAAGGACCUUUAUCACUCUGUGCCUCUACACUGCACUACUUACUCUCUCAGGUAAGAGGAAGAAGAAAUAUACUGUUGAUGUCUAGUGUUACUGUCACUAUAGUCACCUUGUUGGGGAUACCAGUGCGGUGGAAAGAUUGAAGAGUUGGGAUCUUUAGUGGUGUGUCUGAGUAUUGGAAAUAUCGGAUGAAACAGUUAUGGUUAAUGUUGUUAUCUGGGCAUACCUGGUGAUUGGUCUAUUGCUGUCAUUUCAGCAAUGUUAAUUGAAUGUCAUUUCAGGAGAAAUUCAUUAAAUGUUUUGAAAGUGUAACUAAAAGUAUGGGCCUACAUCAACAUUGCCAAUUAUCUUGUCAUUAGACUGUAUUUUAUUUGAUCAGUUAUUAGACGCAUAAUAGAAUGGUACUUUCUAAUCAUAGUGUAUAGGACAGGAAUACCCUUAUGCAUGUGUGUUGAUGCAUGGCGUUGAUGUCAGUGUUGGCCCAUGUUGAGUCUAUGGUACAGUCUAUGGUACAGACGUCUACGUAAACAUAUCUGACCAAAUUACACGUGAUUUCAGUUCUGGGUUAACCGAGAUUCAUUCUAUGGUGGUUGACGAAGUUGUUGUUACAUUGUUAUGUCACAGUGCAGUAGCUACCGAUAUUUAUGAUCUGAUUCCCAUGUUUCAUAUACUUUAUGCUGGCUUUUAUGGUCAAAAUACGUUUUUUUUAGCAUUUCUAUGUAUGGUUCUGUAGCGGGUGAUGAUGGACGGAGUCAGACGCAGGAGAGGAAAUCAUGGAAUAAAUGGUUUAAUCAAUAAACAGAGGUACGCAGUGAUGCGUAAUACACACCAGUGCGGACGAACGGCACAAUGGGGAAAAUAAGGCACACGGGUGAAUAACCCAGCGAUACACAAAUAGGAACGAGCUCCACCGAGCUAUAAUCUCCUCUACAAUAAACAAUCACACACAAAGACAAGGGGGCAGAGGGAACACUUAUACAGGUACUGAUGAGGGGAUAUGAACCAGGUGUGUGUAAUAAACAAGACAAAACAAAUGGAAUGAUGAGAUGAGGAGCGGCAGUCGCUAGUAGGCCGGUGACGACGAACGCCGAAGCCUGCCCGAACAAGGAGAGGAGGCAGCUUCGGAGGAAGUCGUGACAGGUUCAGACAGUCAGACUUUAGACAGUCAGAAGAUGGAGGAAGGACACACUGGAAAGAGUUCAUCAACCAGGCCUCUGGUGACUCAGCUUGGGACGAGCUUGGACCAGACAUAGGGUCGGCAUUUCUAUCACACUGGCCCAUUUCUUUCCUGAAGUCUCCCACACGGCACAUUUUUUUCACUAUAGGCCCCCAUUAUUUGCCAAAUAAAUUAUAAUGGGUCAGUCCAUCUGGCAUUUGCCAGUAUUGCCCUAUGGCCAGUCCUUCCCUGCUGAUGAUAAUAGAUGUCCAACCAAUCUCACAUGACCAGAUAAGCUCAACAUCUGAUGUCCUAACAAAACAAUGGAGCUCACUUCUAAGAAUGUGUUUGUAUUUGCUCCUGUAAGUCGCUCUGGAUAAGAGCGUCUGCUAAAUGACUAAAAUGUAAAAUGUAAUGUAAAUGUAUUGGAGCUCACUUCUAAGAAUGUGUUCAUAUUGGAGCUCACUUCUAAGAAUGUGUUCAUAUUGGAGCUCACUUCUAAGAAUGCGUUCAUAUUGGAGCUCACUUCUAAGAAUGUGUUUGUAUUCACUUGAGAGAUCUUGUUUAUGUAAUCAAGGAAGGAGGAGGGGGACACUUGAUGGUGGUGCAUCAGUAGCAUUCAGCUGGCCAAUUUGUGUAUAUAAGUGUGUGUGUGUGUGUGUGUGUGUGUGUGUGACAGUGAAGACAUCCCCUCACCUUCUCAGAGCCCAUUGCCUCCACUGUCACUGUCUCUUAUCACCACAACAAUCCCAGGCUUGUUUAGUAACAACAGUGGCAGCAGCGGGUUCAGCACACUGUCCUGCUUAUUUGACAGACCUUCCCCAGCCUUAUGCUGGAGUACACUGUCACACUUUUAGCCCCCUGCCACACACACACAUUGAUGGCCUAGCUUGCAGGCCACUCGGAGUGUGACAUGGAUGGGGGAAGGCUGUGUGUAUUAUUUAAGACAUAACACCAGGCACACAGUUCAUCUAUUGUGAUGAACAACAGUGGCAGUCAGCAGGGCCUGGACGUCCCCCCGGGAGAACUGUACUGAAUGGAAGGAGGGAGAGGAGAGAGAGGAGAGAGAGAGAGAGAGAGGAGAGAGAGAGAGAGAGAGACGAGAGAGGAGAGAGGAGAGGAGAGAGAGAGAGAGAGAGGAGAGGAGAGAGAGAGGAGAGAGGAGACGAGAGAGAGAGAGAGAGAGAGAGAGGGAAGGAGGGAGGUGGAAGAGGAGGGAGAGAGUGGGAGGGGAGAGGAAGGAUUGGAGGAGCGGGAUAGAGGAUGGAAGAGGGAGGGAGGGGGGAGGGAGGGAGGGAGGGAGGGAGAGAGAGAGAGAGAGGUAGGAGGAGGAAGGGAGGGAGGGAGGGAGGGAGGGAGGGAGGGAGGGGAGGGAGGGAGGGAGAGGUAGGAGGAGGAAGGGAGGGAGGGAGAUAGAAAAUAGAGGGCAUAGAAACAGAGAGAAAGUGAUAGGGGAGUGGGGAGAGCGAGAGAGAAGGAGAUGGAGGGGGGAAGGGGGGGGGGGGGGGGUUAACCUGUGUACAGCCUACCUGCCUGAUGCUGUUUAAUCUGAGAUGGCAACACAACACACACAUAACCCACUCCCUUCCUAUUCCUAGAAACGUAACCCUGCUAUUGCCAAAAUAGCUGCAAAACUUCACAUUAGUUAUUUUGAAAAAGAAAGACAAUGUGGAAGAGCAAAAACCAAAUGAACACAGUUCUUUCUCUAUUAUACAGUAUGUCGUACCACAAAGGUGAUUUUUUUUCUGUCAGUUAUCAGUGUGCAAAAUCCUUAUGGCAACUGCAGUCUACGCUAACGUAGACAGAGCACAGUGCACGAUGUUCAAUGGCUAAAUCAUACAGCUUAAAUAUGUUUGCUUUAAUACCUGUUAGUAGCAAUAUGAUAGGCUUGUCAAUGUCUCGCAAUCACUUAUGAAUUGGGUUAAUAUUUGCUUACCUCAGUUUCAGGACAGAGUUCUGGAUAAAGUAAAUGGAAUGAAUAAAUAGCAUGACACAGGUGUGUUAAUCAUGUAAACAUAGGAGGAUAUCUCAGUCUAACCUACUCUUUCUGCUUUACAAAGCUCAGCAUCAAGAGGAGUCUGCACAUGCUGUAAAAUAGACUGCUAUGGCUUUCAUUUUCAUGUUCAUGAAAAGCUCACUGGUUUGUACGUGUGAUCAGGGCCCGUAUUCAUAAAGCAUCUCGGAGUGCUGUAGGAGUGCUGAUCUAGGAUCAGGUCCUCCUGUUCAUAUAAUCCUAUCUCUUACACUUAGAUGCUUUAUGAAUACGGGCCCAGAUUGAAUUCAUGUGCGACGUGUUUACACAACUCUCACAACCAGAAAUAUACAGGGACUACUGUAGGUACAUCUAUAAUGGAACGCUAAUCAGUCAGGCCAAACAUUGCAGUUUUUAAAAAUUUUACUGACUUUAUUGUCCCCAUGGGGAAAUGUUGUUGCAGUAUCAUGUACAGUUGAAGUCGGAAGUUUACAUACACUUAGGUUGGAGUCAUUGAAACUCAUUUUUCAACCACUCCACAAAUUCUUUACAGACAGAUUAUUUCACUUAUAAUUCACUGUAUCACAAUUCCAGUGGGUCAGAAAUUUACAUACACUAAGUUGACUGUGCCUUUAAACUGCUUGGAAAAUUCCAGAAAAUGAUGUCAUGGCUUUAGAAGCUUCUGAUAGGGUAAUUUACAUAAUUUGAGUCAAUUGGAGGUGUACCUGUGGAUGUAUUUCAAGGCCUACCUUCAAACUCAGUGCCUCUUUGCUUGACAUCAUGGGAAAAUCAAAUGAAAUCAGCCAAGACCUCAGAAAAGAAAUUGUACACCUCCACAAGUCUGGUUCAUCUUUGGGAGCAAUUUCCAAAUGCCUGAAGGUACCACGUUCAUCUGUACAAACAAUAGUACGCAAGUAUCGCCACCAUGGGACCACGCAGCCGUCAUAACGCUCAGGAAGGAGACGAAUUCUGUCUCUUAGAGAUGAACGUACUUUGGUGCGAAAAGUGCAAAUCAAUCCCAGAACAACAGCAAAGGACCUUGUGAAGAUGCUGGAGGAAACAGGUACAAAAGUAUCUAUAUCCACAGUAAAACGAGUCCUAUAUCGACAUAACCUGAAAGGCCGCUCAGCAAGGAAGAAGCCACUGCUCCAAAACCGUCAUAAAAAAGCCAUACUACGGUUCGCAACUGCACAUGGGGACAAAGAUCGUACUUUUUGGAGAAAUGUCCUCUGGUCUGAUGAAACAAAAAUAGAACUGUUUGGCCAUAAUGACCAUCGUUAUGUUUGGAGGAAAAAGGGGGAACUUGCAAGCCGAAGAACACCAUCCCAACCGUGAAGCACGGGGGUGGAAGCAUCAUGCUGUGGAGGUGCUUUGCUGCAGGAGGGACAGGUGCACUUCACAAAAUAGAUGGCAUCAUGAGGAAGGAAAAUUAUGUGGAUAUGUUGAAGCAACAUCUCAAGACAUCACUCAGGAAGUGAAAGCUUGGGUCUUCCAAAUGGAAAAUGACCCCAAGCAUACUUCCAAAGUUGUGGCAAAAUGGCUUAAGGACAACAAAGUCAAGCUAUUGGAGUGGCCAUCACAAAGCCCUGACCUCAAUCCUAUAGAAAAAGUGUGGGCAAAACUGAAAAAGCCUGUGCGAGCAAGGAGGCCUACAAACCUGACUCAGUUACACCAGCUCUGUCAAGAGGAAUGGGCCAAAAUUCACCCAACUUAUUGUGGGAAGCUUGUGGAAAGCUACCUGAAAUGUUUGACCCAAGUUAAACAAUUUAAAGGCAAUGCUACCAAAUACUAAUUGAGUUUAUGUAAACUUCUGACCCACUGGGAAUGUGAUGAAAGAAAGAAAAGCUGAAAUAAAUCACUCUCUCUAAUAUUAUUCUGACAUUUCACAUUCUUAAAAUAAAGUGGUGAUCCUAACUGACCUAAAACAGGGAAUGUUUUACUAGGAUUAAAUGUCAGGAAUUGUGAAAAACUGAGUUUAAAUGUAUUUGGCUAAGGUGUAUGUAAACUUCCGACUUCAACUGUACAUGUUUAAAGUGGCGUUUAAAUACAGUAGCCAACAAAUUGAAAAUACUAAAUUCACUACAGUUACAUACAGUAUAUACCAAUGAAAGAGACUAGUCUGCUGGCCUUACAAGGUGGAUAGGAAUAUUAGCCCAAGCUGUUUAGGAGGGAUAUCACACCUGGUACAAAUCACUGUCUAGUGGUGUUUUUCCUGCCAGGGGGUGCCCUAUACCUUCACCCAGAGGAGAGUAGUUCAAAGUCUGGGUACAGGGGGUGGUUUGGGUCUAAAAUGUUUUUGUGAGCCUGCUGAGGGCCCUGACCUUAAAGAUCUCAUCCAAGCCUGUCUGUUUGACUCCAAGUACCUUGCUUGCUGUGGUGAUAAUCCCUCUCAGCAUUUUCUGGCUGACAAUGGCAUUACCAAAACCAACAAACAAUACAAAAGUUAAAAUACUCUCAAUGAAAGAUUUGUAGAACAGAGUCAGUAUAGUCCAGUCAACAUUAAAAGAUCCCAGCUUUCUGAGAAAGUACAGUCUCGGCUGACGCUUUGUGUAGAUCAGGUCUGUAUAUUUACUCCACUGAAGCUUAUUGUCCAAGAGGACACCCAGAUAUUUGUAGUCCUCUACAAUCUCUAUGUUCUGAACUCUGAUAGAUGUUGCAGAGGUGGGUGUUGUUCGCUUCCUGAAGUCUAUGCACAUCUCUUUGGUCUUGUUGGUAUUGAGGACCAAGUGUGAUUCAUCACACCACUCUACAAAGUAAUUUAGGACUGGGCCAUGGUGUUCCUUGUCAUCAUGCAACAGGCUGAUCAAGGCAGUGUAAUCAGCAAACUUGACAAGGUGUCUGUCAGGAUGGGAACUAGUACAACUAUUUGUUUACAAGAUGUACAGGAGUGGGGACAAAACACAUCCCUGUGGGGUGUUGGUGGUGCGUAUGUCCGACACGUGAGGACCCACCUUGACCCGCUAUGACCUCGGCUCAGGAAGUCUAACAGUCACAAAACCAGCCCCCCAUCUAAGGAGAGGUCCCUUAUGAGUCUCUGUGCCAGAAUGUAAGGCUGGAUUGUGUUGAAGGCAGAAGAAAAGUCAAUAAACAGAACCCUGACAUGGGAUUUAGCGCCCUCUAGAUGUCUAUAGACCAUGUUGAGGAGAGGAAGAAUGGCAUCAUCAACUCCUCUGCUGGGCUGAUAGGCAAACUGAAACGGGUCGAGGAACUUCUGGGUGGCGCUGAGGAUACGACUUUAUGGGUAGGAAACAAAGUGGCCCAACACAUGAACAGGUCCACCCCACCCUCUGAGAUUAUUUGUUAAAAUGUUCUCUCUUUUUCUCUCUCUCUCUCUCUCUCUCUCUCUCUCUCUCUCUCUCUCUCUCUCUCUCUCUCUCUCUCUCUCUCUCUCACCCCUUCCUUCCCUCUAUAAUGCUCUCUCUCUCUCUCUCUCUCACCCCUUCCUUCCCUCUAUAAUGCUCUCUCUCUCUCACCCCAUCCUUCCCUCCAUCCUCAGAAGUAAACUCAGAGAUCGUCCAUGUUCCGUCCGUGCUCCAUGGUGUCAAAGGGAAGUCCCUCCUCCUCUCAGUGGAGACUUACUUCCGAUUGGAGGACGUUGAGAUCCAGGGCAGCUGGUACCAGACCCGGCCGGGGGGCCCCAAAACCCUCCUGGUGACAUUCCACAACCACACAGCCAUCAUGGUGGCCUCGAUGAGACACAGGAACCGCUACGGCUUCCAGCCCCCCAACGCCUCUCUCCUGAUCCCCAGGCUGGACGAGGCGGCGGAGGGGGACUAUCACCUGGACCUGGACAUUCAGCUCCCCCAGAGACAGGAGCUCGUCAGGGCCGAGAGGACUGUCCACGUCACCGUAGAUGGUGAGUUAGUGGACACCAGAGAAUCUUAUCUAUCAGACUGUAUAGUCCUUUAUAGAUUUAUUAAAGCAAUAUAAAAGACGUAUUAAGAGGGUAAGACAUAUGUUUAUUUUUGCCUUGAUCAAAUCAAAUCAAAUUGUAAUUGUCACAUGCGCCGAAUACAACAGAUGUAGACCUUACAGUGAAAUGCUUACUUACAAGCCCAUAACCAACAAUGCAGUUACUAAAUAAACUAAAGUAAAAAAUAAAAUAAAAAGCAACACAAUCAAAUAACGAGGUUAAUUCAGUAACUAGGUUCAUUCAGUAACUAGGAUCCUUAAGUAACUAGGUUCAUUCAGUAACUAGGAUCCUUCAGUAACUAGGUUCAUUCAGUAACUAGGUUCCUUCAGUAACUAGGUUCAUUCAGUAACUAGGUUCAUUCAGUAACUAGGUUCAUUCAGUAUCUAGAAUCCUUUAGUAACUAGGUUCAUUCAGUAACUAGGAUCCUUCAGUAACUAGGUUAAUUCAGUAACUAGGUUCAUUCAGUAACUAGGAUCCUUCAGUAACUAGGUUCCUUCAGUAACUAGGUUUAUUAAGUAACUAGGUUCCUUCAGUAACUAGGAUCCUUCAGUAACUAGGUUCCUUCAGUAACUAGGUUCCUUCAAUAACUAGGAUCCUUCAGUAACUAGGUUCCUUCAAUAACUAGGAUCGUUCUGUAACUAGGUUCCUUCAGUAACUAGGAUCCUUCAGUAACUAGGUUCCUUCAGUAACUAGGUUCCUUCAGUAACUAGGAUCGUUCUGUAACUAGGUUCCUUCAGUAACUAGGUUCCUUCAGUAACUAGGUUCCUUCAGUAACUAGGUUUAUUAAGUAACUAGGUUCCUUCAGUAACUAGGAUCCUUCAGUAACUAGGUUCCUUCAGUAACUAGGUUCAUUCAGUAAUUAGGUUCAUUCAGUAACUAGGUUCAUUCAGUAACUAGGAUCCUUCAGUAACUAGGUUCCUUCAAUAACUAGGUUUAUUAAGUAACUAGGUUCCUUCAGUAACUAGGAUCCUUCAGUAACUAGGUUCCUUCAGUAACUAGGAUCCUUCAGUAACUAGGAUCCUUCAGUAACUAGGAUCCUUCAGUAACUAGGUUCCUUCAGUAACUAGGUUUAUUAAGUAACUAGAAAGAUUUGUACUUUUGUGGCUUAUUUGGCUGCACUUAAUAUGUGCCUAUCAUCAUCCUACUGUUUCAUCUCUCCCCUUCUCCAGUACCUGUGUCCACCCCAGUUAUCCAGAAGGCACCAUCUUCUACAGUUGUUGAGGACAAGGAGAACGUGACGUGGACCUGUAGGGUGGAGAACGGAACCAGGGUCCAGUACCAGUGGCUGAGGAACAACAUGCCCCUAGAUGUUAGUGAUCGCCAUCAGUUCUCCCAGGACAACUCUACUCUGGUGAUAAGCCCUGUGAAGAAGAAGGACAUUGGACAGUAUCGCUGCCUGGCCAGGAACCACAUCAGCCAGAGACAGAGCCACACCCUGGACCUCAGUGUCUUCUGUAAGUACUGUAGGUCUGUCUAUAACAGUACAUUACUGUAGGUCUGUCUAUAACAGCACAUUACUGUAGGUCUGUCUAUAACUGAACAUUACUGUAGGUCUGUCUAUAACAGCACAUUACUGUAGGUCUGUCUAUAACUGAACAUUACUGUAGGUCUGUCUAUAACAGCACAUUACUGUAGGUCUGUCUAUAACUGAACAUUACUGUAGGUCUGUCUAUAACUGAACAUUACUGUAGUUAUGUCUAUAACAGUACAUUACUGUAGGUCUGUCUAUAACAGCACAUUACUGUAGGUCUGUCUAUAACAGCACAUUACUGUAGAUCUGUCUAUAACUGAACAUUACUGUAGGUCUGUCUAUAACAGCACAUUACUGUAGGUCUGUCUAUAACAGCACAUUACUGUAGGUCUGUCUAUAACAGCACAUUACUGUAGGUCUGUCUAUAACUGAACAUUACUGUAGGUCUGUCUAUAACAGCACAUUACUGUAGGUCUGUCUAUAACUGAACAUUACUGUAGGUCUGUCUAUAACAGCACAUUACUGUAGUUCUACAACUACGUCUCAUACAACUAUGUCUCAUACAACAUGGGUCACAAUAGAACAUAAUGUUUGCUAUUCAUGAGCUAGUCAAUGCAGAAUACAUGUAAACAUUUGUAAAUAAGAGCCUGGGGAAGGAACUUAAUGACACAAUUUCCUGCACUGUAUUUUCCACAUUUUACAGAAGUGUAAAGACUUCCAUCCUCUUGGUAUUCUAUGAGUAAUACCAGUAUGUAAAUUCAAAACAUAAGAGAGCUCAGUGAGGUCGGAAAACAGAAGUGGCUGAAAUUUGCAUGGGAGUCUAUGUCUGACAGAGGUCCACUGUUCUAUGGCGAUACUAUCAUGUCAGUACUGCAGUAUCUCUACCGUGACUCUGUUAGGUUAAGGAAACCAGGCUGGUUGUGGCAGGUUUGGAGGUUAGCCUAUAUGGGAGGAUACUUUUAACAUAAGUCCCAUACAUGUAUGGCGUUUCUUCAGGCUAACACUCUGAUAAUACAAAUAAAUCAAAAUACAGUAAUUGCCACCUGUUUGGCUAAAGGAAGUGAGAAGACCUGGACCAACACAGUCGUGGCUAAAUCUACCACUAGUCCCUGUAGCAGUGAAACCACUAUAUGUCUUGUAACCUGAUUUGUAGUGGCGAAGAGCCAAAAGCAGCCUCACAAUAGGACGACAUGUUUGGUCAGUUAAUGACAUUCUGAAUUAUUGAUAAUAAAACAAUUUAUCCUAGCUGCCAAAGGAUCCUAGAUUUCCACAGUACCAAUAGAGUUUGAAGUCGAUCAUAAAACUAUGUUCCCAGAGUGCCGGUUUGUGACAAUAUGAACCACUCUGAUAUCUCCCAGAUGGCCCCUACAACCUGGCUGUGAAGUCUGACCAUGGUCUGCGGACUGGGGAGGUCUUCACAGUGAACCCUGGUGAGCUGGUGUUCUUCGACUGUCAGGCCGACUCCAACCCUCCCAACAGCUGUAUGUGGAUCUCCAAGACCAACAACGCCACUGAGGUCAUCACUGUGGGACUGCGCCUGGAGGUCACCUCCUACAAGCUAGCCCAGGCUGAGGAGUUCCUGUGUAGGGCCUUUAACAACGUGACCCAGAAGCAGGACGAGACCCAGUUCACCCUGGUGGUGGCCAGCCUGGUGACAGGUGGGUAAAGUUGGGCUGGGCUACUAGCCUGGGGUGCUGGAGGGAGCGUAGGAGGGACUGGGAACACACACACACACAGCCCUGGGGUGCUGGCAUAGCGUAGGUGGAACUGGGAAUCAGGUCUGGAUACACACUGUGCACCUUAUCAUGCCAUGAGGUACCAAGGUGAAGACCACAAAGAAGAGAAGAUGAGGCAUAAUGUCAAAGGGACAAAUGUAACCUACAUUUGAAACCUAAAUAGUUUGUAAAGUAUGACUUGUCUAAAUAUGAGCAGUAACCUUGCUUGCAGAGAGUCCAAAUGAAAGGUACCUUUAGAACAGAGCCAGUUAAUCCAUCCACACAAGGUGAAUCAUAAAUAUUGUAUUUCUCCUUAGUUGCCAAGUGCCGGUCACUCAGGCCUGUGUAAAAGUCCACUGGCUCUAUGGGAGAGUAAACAGAGAAAAAUAACAGCUGGCUGGUCUCAUUGUUGACAAUGUUUUACUGCAUGUAUGGAGUUUCUAUGCGUAGGUGGUUUCAGUCUCCAAAUUGAAAAAGAUACACAUAAUCUUGGCUACUGUAUAGCAAAUGACGCUGUAAAUAUAUAUAUCCUAUUGACGAUUAUCUAAAAAGUCAAUGAACAAACUAAACACACUAACUGUCCACCAAGUCUGGGUUGACAGGUUUACUCUCACCUUGGACUCUCUUCUCAAAUGAGUAGAAUGUAGUCACUAAACCUUCAGGGCCUGUUUCCCAGUCACAGAUUAUGUCUAGUCCUGGACUAACAAGCAUUCUCAAUAGAUAUUCUCCAUUGAAAGAGCUUCUUAGUCCAGGACUGGGCUUAAUCUGUGUCUGGGAAACCGGCCCUGUUUAAAGUUUUGAAAUGUGACUCUGAAUGAAAUAAUAAUAACUUUAUUUAUAGAAUGCUUUUCGAUAACAGUUUAACAAAGUGCUUCUCAUCAAGUGCAUAAUAAAAAAUAAAUAAAAGUACUACAGAAGAUACAGAGACAGAACAAUGGAGAAGGAAAACAAAAUAGCUAUAUUAAAUCAUACAUUAGAAGUUUGUUUUAUAAAAGUGGGUUUUCAGGAGGGGUUUUAAUAGAGGCACUGAUUCUGCAAGAGGUUAUGGUUAUUCUCUUUUAUUUGUAGGAAAGGAGAGAUAUGUCCAGGAGACCAGAUCAUUCUCUCCUCUGGCUGGCAUCACUCUGUCCUGUCUGUUCAUCAUUAGCUGUAUGUUACUGAUCUACUUCAGAAGGAGCUGUCAUCAUCCCAGGAGAGGUAAAUGUUAUGGUUAUCUUCAUAAUGACUUAGGGUGAUAGCAGCAACUGUAACCACAGUAGACACUAGACACUACUGUAGACACUAGACACUACUGUAGACACUAGACACUACUGUAGACACUACUGUAGACACUAGACACUACUGUAGACUCUACUGUAGACACUAGACACUACUGUAGACACUAGACACUACUGUAGACACUAGACACUACUGUAGACACUAGACACUACUGUAGACACUACUGUAGACACUAGACACUACUGUAGACACUAGACACUACUGUAGACACUACUGUAGACACUAGACACUACUGUAGACACUACUGUAGACACUAGACACUACUGUAGACACUACUGUAGACACUAGACACUACUGUAGACACUAGACACUACUGUAGACACUACUGUAGACACUAGACACUACUGUAGACACUAGGCACUAAUGUAGACACUAGACACUACUGUAGACACUAGACACUAGACACUAGACACUACAGUAGACACUAGACACUACUGUAGACACUAGAUUUUGAAGUUUGUUAACUAUACAGUACAUGCCAAUCAUCUGCCAAUGUUACAGUAUGUCAAACUCAAACAGCAUCUGUGGCAAAAUGACAUGUUUAUCUGAGGAAAAGGCAUUCAACUUAACAAAGGCCGAACACUUGCCUGUAGGGUAAAAUAGAAAUAGUUGUUGUUAUUAAAGAGUGAAAGAUGUAAUAUUAAAACAUCUACUGUUUAUUUUACAGUUCUCAUGAACAUCUAUAACAGGUAAGACCAUUACUGAUCAGUGCUUACACAUUAAUAAAGAUAACCUCUGUCUAGGUAGCCUAACUACAGUAAAUGGGUUAAAUUAGAAUUGCUUUGCCUCUCCCACGCAGACCUUUGACAGAACAGAAGCGCCCACACCGUUCAGGUAAGCUCCCUCUCUGUACCUGCAAUGUUCACCUUAUACCCUUACAUUCCUGCCUGUUGUUAGGCAGUGUCGUGUACAUAGCCCUAGCCAAACAAUACUCCUCAUAAACCCUUCACUAACAUAGAACAAUUACAGUAAUUAUACUUGUUUGUCUUGUGCAGGCAUAUUAGCCCAGAAGCUCGGUUGCUAAUCUCUUCAAGUUUCAGUUGGAUCUGUCUGUGCUUUAGUGAACUGAGUUGAAUACAUUUAACUAUGGUGGGGCAGUAUUCAGUUUUCCCCAAACCAAAAGUGACACAUGUCCUAAAUCAAAUAACCUACUAGGAAGGAACAAGAAACAGGAAGUAAAUAGAGAGGACACUACAUUGACACCAAAAAGUAUAUCAGGUGAAGAUGCUAACCAUCAACUACAUUGUACUUACAGGUCAUGAGGAUGCAACGGAAGACUUUGGCAUCUAUGAGUUUGUCUCUAUACCUGGGAAAAUUGAAUCUACACAGGUAUGUUGUAUGCCUUGCAACAAUACAGCUUCGUACAAUAGGCCUAGUUUUCUGUAGGAACACCUCUUUGAUAUUGUAAUGACCCUCGUUAAUGAGUCCACAUUAGGCUACCUAGCGGGCGGUAGGUAGCCUAGCAGUUAAGAGCGUUGGGCCAAUAACCGAAAGCUCGCUGGUUCGAAACCACGUGCCGACUAGGCAAGGCACUUAACCCUAAUUGCUCCUGUAAAUCUCUAUGGAUAAGAGCGCCUGCUAAAUGACUCAAAUGUAAAUGUACAACCCCCCCCCCCCCCCCCCACCAGGGGGUUAACUCUAUUGGAGGAAUGCUUAAUGUAUUUUCCUUUUACACAUGUGACCUGGGUUCUAUUCCCACUCCCUCCAUUUGCUAUAACAUGUAGUGUCCCUGAAUGUGUUGUUUGUUUUAAUUUCCCAGGCAUCUAGCAGAUCUCUGGCACACCUAGAGUCUGUCCAGGAUUUACAUACCACCAUCUAUGAUGUAAUCAGGCACAUCCCUGAAACUCCCACGCUGGCUACCCGGAGUCUGCUGGGAAAGCAGUGUGAAGGUUAACCAGAGACCAGAGUAUUAAAGACCCUCUCAUUCAUAUUUUUUCUCUCUUCAAAUUGUAUAUAUAUUCAAUGUGCUAUUUCAAGCUGCUUCUGGAAGUGGGCAAGAUUAUU